UAUACCCUUUCACACAAAACCCUCAUUCAUCUUCUAUCUUCAAUCUCUCUCUUUCUCUCUCCAAAAUUCAAACUCCAAAAACACACAAAAAUGGUGUUUGAUCGAUCAAACUCAUCAAAUUCAUCAACUUCAACCUCACCUUCAUCUUCAUCAUCAAGAAGUUGGCCUAGCACAAAAGUACUUGCAAUCGAAUGCAUCAGAGGAACCUCAAGAGCUGAUGAAUGGAGUGGUGGAUUGCUUCAAACUGGUGAUAUUGUUGAAGAGAUUUUAAUCGGCGAUUUAAGUUUGCGAUCGCCGUUUAAAGAUGGAAAUUCUGGUGUUCAGAAACAACUACAUAGUUGUUUUAAGAGUAAGAUUACGGAGAUUAGAGUACGAGUUCGACGCGGUGAGUUUGAUUCUGCUGAGUUAACUGGUUGUAUUGUUCCUGAAGGAAGGAAGAAACAACAUUAUGUUUUGAGAGCGAUUGAUGAUCCUAAUUAUGCUGUUACUUUCUUUGAUCGUUCUGAAUCUGAUUGCUUGAAACUCCAAGCUUCUAGGGACUCCAGGUUACAUCACGCAAUAAACAGUACACAAAUCCAAAGUGGUUAUGUUCAAUAUCCAUGGGAAAGGAAGAUGCAAACAAUGCUACAAGUUCCCAGUUCGAGCUCCCUUUUCUCCAUUCUUUUCCUCCCGAAAGCUUCAGAAACUGGACGUGGUCGUUAUAAUGAUAUGGAGGACACUAUCUCUAGGGCUAAUGCAUGGAUAAACGCGUCUCAGGCAUCAGGGGUUCCGAUAGCCUUUAUAAACAUUCAGACAGAGUCUUUACUUACAAAGAUAUCUGGUGAAACAGCUUCUUCCACAGUCAGCACUUCAUCAUUAUCAGAUUUGCCAAAUCUUUCCAAUGCGAGCCUUUAUGGAUUUGAGGACUACCACGGCGUUGACAUUGGAGUUGUCAGAGCAAUUCGUCUCUGGUACUCGCCCAUCCAAGAAUACCCAGUUGAGAUCAACAUAGAAGAGGGUGAUGUGAAGCUUGGUUUUGCUAUAAGUCGCACUGAAGAGGGAUUUAUAUACAUAUCAUCAGUUCUAGAAGGUGAUGGAAAUGUCCCUUCUUCAAGAUCUGGUCUCUGUGAGCUAUAUAAUGAUGCAAAAAGAGAUUCGAAGCUCCUAGUAAUCUCGCGAGUAAGCAGCCAAAAAGUCCUUCCUUGGAUUGUAUCUCCAACAAGUGCCAUCCAAUGCUUUGAUACCGUUUCUCUAAGCCAGAAGCUCUCUUUGUACCGUCAUGCUCGAGCACCCCUGCUUAUUCAUGUUUUAAUGCUUGACACACGAUCUGCCUCUCCACGACAACAAAGUGGUCCUGUUCCACAAGCUAUGCCAUUGCGGUCUCAUUUUCAGAUUCCGAGCAAUUCUGAUGAUGAUCAAAACCAACCUCUUUCCCCAUCCAUGGUUUCGCGGGAUGGUAGGUUUACUGGUCGUCAAAUCGAGUUAGGAUUGGCUAGAGAUACGGCGGGGGAAGAAUCUUUCAGAUUUCAUAACUUCAAUCUACCUGACAACUGGGUAUGAAUGUAUUGUGUACCUUUUGACAUAUCCUUAGUUUCAUAUACAAUAGAGUGAGUGGUGGAAGAAUAUUGUUGCAAUGCAACUUGUGUGUGGCAGCAAAGGAGUAGAUAGCUGGAAAACUGAAAGAAAUUCAACAAUGUGUGGCAACAAAUUCUGUUGCAACUUGUACAUACAAAAGAGUGAGUGGUAGAAGAUAUUUUAUGUUCAUCCUAUGAGGCUGCUUAUGGGUGAAAAUAAAAUGAUGCAUUUUUGGGGACAUUUUGGUAAAAUAUUUAGUUGAAUUUGUUUUGAAUUAAUGAUUGCAAUUUUGACUAUUGGUUUUGCCAAAAUUCCCUAAGAAUUUAUGCAUCAAUGCUCCUGGUAGGAAUGGACAUGUAGGUCAUGUAGAUAUGGAGAAUUGGAGAUUGUUUAAUUGAUUGGUUAUUUGUGCAGUUGUGCUUGUUUGAACUUCUGGAAUGUUUUUUUGUUGAAUAAAAGUUGUUUUAUAGUUCAUACUUA